AAUGUUGACAGUUGUUUAAAAACUUAAAAAGUGACAAAAACGGAACGAAAACUAAAAGAUACACUGAAUUUAUUUUUCUUGAAAUACUUGUAGUUCAAUAUGGAGGAAUAUAAUUUCAUUUAAAAAGUGUAAUUCAUUAAUCGGACACUAAAUGAUGAGUGUAUAUUUUAUUAUCUUGGUAUUUGUUAUUGUUGGUUAAUAUGUAUACAUUAAAAGGAAUAUUUCCUGAACCUAAAAAGGAAAAAAAGAAUUUCAUCAAAGAGAAUAUGAAACAGUUGAAGUUAAUACAGAACAAAUCACCGAAAGAGCCUAAAUUAACUUUAAAAUCGUCAAAUCCAUCGCGUCUCACAACACCAGUAACCACUAACACACUGGGACCAGUCAAAUCUUCCCCGUCAAACAAAAGUGGUAAAACCACAUUAAAUGUCGGUAAAACUAGUUUAUCAAACCGAAAGAAAGUCACCGAUGUCAGGAUGAAGAAAGGUGACAUGGCCGAAUUUCUACGGAGGAAAGAAAUGAGGGAAGCAAAGCAGCAAGAAGAAUCAUCGUGUGACGAAAUCCAGUCUUCUGGGUCAUCUAGUCGCUUACGAGAUAUCGGUUGCCAGACAAUUGAGUCAAAUUUAUCACAGAAGUUAAUGGAAAGUACAAAGCUAACUAUGCUGUAUCCGACAAAGGAAGGUAAUGACACAGAAGCUAAGAUGAAAGCUAGUGGAGACUCGAGGAGUGCAAGAAGCCCUCCUCUAGUGUCUCAUUCACCUCGUAGAGCCGGGGAUGAUAUCAUGGACGAAAGGAAUCGGAGCCGCCUGAAUGCUAUUUUAGAUAGGAAGGAUAGUAAAGAUCCUUAUUUACCUCCAGGUUACCAGAAAGGAGUUUUGCCUAAGUAUCUCCGUGAUAGAAAAGAUAGUGUCAAGGAAGAUACAAAGGUUGAUGAUGGCAACACAAUGUGUCCCGCUGGCCACGUAACUCUCCCUGACAAUGAAAGGAAGGAAACUUUGAGGAUGCUUAGAAAAAGUUUUGCCGAGUUAGUAAAUGAAUUAAACAAAAUGCCAGUAAAAACUGACACGCUGCGAAUGAGAAAUAGAAAAAUGGAACUAGAAAAGCAACUUGCGAAAUUGGAAGAAGGCAUCAAAGUUUUCUCAAGACCAAAAGUAUUUGUCAAAAUAGGAGAGUAAAUAGAAAGUCUUGAUGUUCAUAUAAAUUUUUAUCAUUUAAAAUUACUUGUAAAACAACGAAAUAUAUUUUUUUAACGCAUUCCUAUUAGAUUUCUAAAUUGACAUAACAUUCGUGAAUUUAAUGUGUAAAUAACUUUCUCAAUCGUUUAAUUUUAAUCCGUCCGUAAAUUUUAAAGUUACCGAAAAAUUUUAAAUGUGAAAUUUUUGUGAUAUGUUGUAAGUUAAAUGUAAUUUAGAAUAAUUGUACGUUUCUUGUAAUUAUAUGUUUUUAUGAUUUACAGUGAUUCUAUCUUUUGGAAUUUGAAAUAUAACCAUAUAUUAUUUAGGUAUA